CCCUGUGACGUCACUCGGAGGCGCCCUCGCGGCGCGGCCCGCGGAUCCCGGGGGCUUCUGGGUAGCGGAUUACCCCCGCCCCCCGCGCCUGCGACUUCCUUUCCGUCCCUGACGCCGCCGAGGUCGCACGCGUGAGGCUAGGCCGCCGCCGAGAUGCGCUACGUCGCCUCCUAUCUGCUGGCCGCCCUCGGGGGCAAUGCCUCCCCCAGUGCCAAGGACAUCAAGAAGAUUCUGGACAGCGUGGGCAUCGAGGCGGACGACGACCGGCUCAACAAGGUCAUCAGUGAACUGAACGGAAAAAACAUCGAAGACGUCAUUGCCCAGGGUAUUGGCAAGCUGGCCAGUGUGCCUGCUGGUGGGGCGGUGGCCGUCUCUGCUGCCCCAGGAUCUGCAGCUCCCGCUGCUGGUUCCACCCCAGCUGCAGCAGAGGAGAAGAAAGACGAAAAGAAGGAAGAAUCAGAGGAGUCGGAUGAUGACAUGGGAUUUGGCUUGUUUGAUUAGAGUCCUGCUCUCCUGCAAAUAAAACCCUUUUUACGUA